GGGCGGAGGAGAGCGUCCUGUUAUGUGUGUUUGUCCGCCCGUCUGUCAGGCCUGCUACCCACAACGCCGCGCGGCCCUGGCCGCUCCGUCAUGGAGGCAGCAGUGGGGGCCGCUGAAGCAGCCGCAGCUGGAGAAGCAGGAGCCUCGGCGGCAGUGGCGGCGCCGGCGCCCCCAAACCUCUCCUCUUCCAGCCGGGCAGCUUGAGUCGUCCUGCCUCGCAGGGGCUCCUCCAACAUGAGUGGAGGCGACGGCAGUGGCGGCGGCGGCGGCGGCGGCGGCGGCUCCUCUUCGUCUGCUCCCGGCCGCUUCGCUGACUACUUCGUCAUCUGCGGUUUGGACACCGAGACUGGUCUAGAACCGGACGAGCUCUCCGCAUUAUGCCAGUAUAUACAGGCCUCUAAAGCCCAAGAUGGUGGUGGCCGUUUCAUUUCAAGUUCAGCAGAAGGGGAAAAUUUUGAACAAACUCCACUAAGGCGCACGUUCAAGUCCAAAGUUCUUGCUCGUUAUCCUGAAAAUGUGGAAUGGAAUCCUUUUGACCAGGAUGCAGUAGGAAUGCUCUGUAUGCCUAAGGGUUUAUCUUUCAAGACACAAGCUGAUGCCAGAGAACCUCAGUUCCAUUCGUUUAUAAUUACCCGUGAAGACGGCUCACGGACAUUUGGAUUUUCUCUGACAUUUUAUGAGGAAGUUACCAGCAAACAAAUCUGUAGUGCAAUGCAGACAUUGUAUCAUAUGCACAAUGCGGAAUAUGAUAUUCUUCAUACUCCACCUACAAAUGAUAAAGAUAACUGUAGCACCAUAGAAGACUGUAAUGGCACUUCUGUAUCAAAGCUACAGCGAUUUAAUUCAUAUGAUAUUAGUAGAGACACUCUCUAUGUCUCUAAGUGCAUUUGUCUGAUAACUCCAAUGUCUUUCAUGAAGGCAUGUAGGAAAGUCCUUGAGCAACUUCACCAAGCUGUAACUUCACCUCAGCCACCACCGUUACCUUUGGAAAGCUUUAUCUACAACAUACUCUAUGAAGUUCCUCUCCCUCCAGCAGGGAGAUCCCUAAAAUUUUCAGGGGUUUAUGGACCAAUUAUCUGCCAGAGGCCGAGCACCAAUGAAUUGCCAUUAUUUGACUUCCCAGUUAAAGAAGUUUUUGAGUUACUUGGAGUGGAGAAUAUGGUUCAACUCUUCACCUGUGCUCUUUUGGAAUUUCAGAUACUGCUUUAUUCACAGCAUUACCAGAGACUGAUGACUGUGGCAGAGACAAUCACGGCACUCAUGUUUCCAUUCCAGUGGCAGCAUGUGUAUGUUCCCAUCCUUCCAGCCUCUCUCCUGCAUUUUCUAGAUGCUCCCGUCCCUUAUUUGAUGGGCUUGCACUCCAACGGACUGGAUGACCGGUCUAAGCUGGAGCUCCCUCAAGAGGCAAAUUUGUGCUUUGUGGAUAUAGACAACCACUAUGUUGAGCUGCCAGAAGACUUGCCUCAAUUUCCAAAUAAACUUGAAUUUAUUCAGGAAGUCUCUGAGGUCCUUAUGGCUUUUGGGAUUCCCCCUGAGGGAAAUUUACAUUGUAGUGAAAGUGCCUCCAAAAUGAAAAGUCUCAGGACAUGCGAUAUAGUCUCUGAUAAGAGAAAUGGGAACAUAGGAGGACCAACUUUAAAUUCUUAUGAACUAUUGAAAGAAAAUGAAACCAUAGCAAGACUUCAAGCACUUGUUAAAAGAACAGGCGUGAGCCUAGAAAAGGUUGAAGUUCGAGAAGAUACUGGUAGUAAGAAGGAUCUCAAAGUGCAGUGUGAUGAAGAAGAGUUCAAGGUUUACCAGCUCAACAUUCAAGUACGGGAGGUUUUUGCUAAUCGUUUCACUCAGAUGUUUGCAGAUUAUGAAGUAUUUGUUAUUCAGCCCAGCCAAGACAAAGAAUCGUGGUUUACCAAUAGGGAGCAGAUGCAGAACUUUGAUAAAGCAUCCUUCUUGUCUGAUCAGCCAGAACCUUAUUUGCCUUUCCUCUCGAGAUUUUUGGAGACACAGAUGUUUGCUUCUUUUAUCGACAACAAGAUUAUGUGCCAUGAUGAUGAUGAUAAAGAUCCUAUUUUGAGAGUGUUUGAUUCUAGAGUGGAUAAAAUUAGAUUGUUAAAUGUCCGAACACCAACCUUGCGCACAUCCAUGUAUCAAAAGUGCAAUACCAUUGAUGAGGCUGAGAAAGCUAUUGAGUUAAGGCUGGCAAAAAUUGAUCAUACUGCAAUCCAUCCCCACUUGCUCGAUAUGAAGAUUGGACAAGGAAAAUAUGAACCUGGGUUUUUCCCCAAGCUUCAGUCUGAUGUACUUUCUACGGGACCAGCAAGCAACAAAUGGACCAAGCGAAAUGCACCUGCACAAUGGAGGCGAAAGGACAGACAGAAACAGCAUACAGAGCACCUUCGUCUUGACAAUGAUCAGAGAGAGCAGCUGGAUUUUCCUUUGCCUGAGCUUCAGUUGCAUUUAUGUUUAGACUUGGACCAGCAUGAUUGGCUUUUCAGGCAUUCUAUUAAAUCUGUUUCAGAGCUUUACCUGAAGUAUAUCCAAGAAGCUCGGAAUCUAGGCAGCACAAUCCGGCAGCCCAAAUUGUCUAAUCUCUCACCAUCAGUAAUUGCCCAAACCAACUGGAAAUUUGUGGAAGGUUUGCUGAAGGAAUGCCGAAAUAAGACAAAGAGGAUGCUAGUGGAAAAAAUGGGCCGUGAAGCAGUGGAACUUGGCCAUGGUGAGGUGAACAUUACAGGUGUAGAAGAAAAUACAUUGAUAGCCAGUCUCUGUGAUCUUUUGGAAAGGAUAUGGAGCCAUGGUUUGCAGGUGAAGCAGGAUAGAAGCUGUACUACUUUCAUCCUAGAAGAUAGAGCAUCAGUAUACUCUGCUACAACUCAGAUUUGGGCCUUUCAGACCAGCAAGAGGCCAACCCUACAUAAGGGGAAAUCUGCUUUGUGGUCACACUUGUUACAUUACCAAGAAAAUCGACAGCGAAAACCUACAUCUGGAAGCUUCAGUACCUCAGGAAUUCUUCUAGAUGCAGAAAGAAGAAAGUCAGAUGCCAGUCCAGCAAUGUCUCCCUUAAGAGUAUCUCUCAUCCAAGACAUGAGGCAUAUCCAGAAUAUUAGUGAGAUCAAAACAGAUGUUGGUAAGGCUAGAGCUUGGGUUCGGCUCUCUAUGGAGAAGAAAUUACUCUCCAGACAUCUGAAACACCUUCUUUCAGAUCAUGAACUCACAAAGAAACUCUACAAACGCUAUGCUUUUCUCCGCUGUGAUGACGAGAAAGAACAGUUCCUUUAUCAUCUUCUUUCCUUCAAUGCUGUUGAUUACUUUUGCUUUACUAAUGUUUUUACAACAAUAUUGAUUCCAUACCAUAUAUUGAUAGUUCCUAGCAAAAAACUUGGUGGCUCAAUGUUCACAGCCAACCCAUGGAUAUGCAUAUCAGGAGAAUUAGGUGAAACAGGAGUCCUACAGAUUCCAAGGAAUACAUUGGAGAUGACGUUUGAGUGUCAGAACCUGGGAAAGCUUACCACAGUACAAAUAGGACAUGAUAAUUCUGGACUGUAUGCCAAGUGGUUAGUGGAAUAUGUUAUGGUCAGAAAUGAAGUAACAGGUCACACUUACAAGUUUCCAUGUGGGAGGUGGCUUGGAAAAGGGAUGGAUGAUGGCAGUUUAGAGAGGAUUCUGGUGGGAGAAUUGCUGACAUCCCAUACUGAAGUGGAUGAAAGGCAAUGCAGGACGCCUCCUUUGCAGCAGUCCCCAAGCAUGAUCAGAAGAUUUGUUACAAUAUCGCCAAACAACAAACAAAAGUUAAACACAGGUCAGAUACAAGAAUCCAUUGGUGAAGCAGUAAAUGGAAUUGUUAAACACUUCCACAAGCCAGAGAAAGAGAGAGGCAGUUUGACAGUUUUGCUAUGUGGAGAAUGUGGGCUUGUCUCAGCUCUUGAGCAAGUGUUUCAACAUGGAUUUAAAUCUCCCAGGCUUUUCAAAAAUGUCUUUAUUUGGGACUUUCUAGAAAAAGCACAAGGGUAUUACGAAGCUCUAGAUCAGAAUGAAAUGGUCCCAGAGGAAAACUGGCAGAAAAGGGCCAGGAGUUUUUGUCGCUUUGUCACAGCCAUCAACAACACUCCUAGAAACAUUGGAAAAGAUGGCAAGUUUCAGAUGCUGGUGUGCCUUGGAGCCAGAGAUCACCUCUUGCACCAUUGGAUUGCCUUGCUGGCAGACUGCUCCAUUACCACUCAGAUGUAUGAAGACACAGCACUCAUAAAGGACCAUACCCUAGUGAAUUCCUUGAUCCGUGUGCUGCAGACCUUGCAGGAGUUCAACAUCACACUGGAGGCAUCUCUUGUUAAAGGAAUUGACAUCUGAUCUGUCGCAGUCUACAAGCACUGUUUUU